ACUGAAUUGGACUGCAUUGAAUUUUUUGGUUUGAACAUAAGGUAAAAUGGCUGGUGUGUUAUUCGAAGACAUAUUCAACGUUAAGGACAUGGAUCCUGAGGGCAAAAAAUUUGAUCGCGUUUCCCGCCUGCACUGCGAAUCAGAAUCAUUUAAAAUGGACCUUAUACUGGAUAUAAAUUCAUGGCUGUAUCCCAUGGAACUGGGAGACAAAUUCCGUUUGGUGCUGGCCACAACAUUGCGUGAAGAUGGUUGUCCCGACAGCGGCGAAUAUAAUCCCAUGGAGCAUGAAGGUACGCGAGCGGAUAGUUUUGAGUACGUCAUGUACGGGAAGAUCUAUCGCAUUGAGGGCGACGAGGCGCACAACGAGUCAUCACGACUGUCGGCGUACGUUUCGUUUGGUGGUCUACUGAUGCGUCUGCAAGGAGAUGCCAACAAUUUACACGGAUUCGAGGUGGAUCAGCACAUGUACUUGCUAAUGAAGCGACUGGCGUUUUGAACAUUGUAUAUAUCACACAUUAUUUUUGUAAAUUAAAAAUUUUGCUCUAAAGCUUAGAAUG